AUGGCUUCAGCUCCUGGAUCCCCAUCACCAAUUCAGCUGCACGGAGCGACUCUUGAAGGUGGAGGCCAAUUAGUCCGUAUCGCCCUUGGUCUCUCCGCUCUCACCAAGAAGCCAAUCGGUAUCGACAACAUUCGUGCAAGACGUUCAGGUGGCGGUGGUCUCAAGGCUCAACACUUGACCAGCGUCCAAUGGCUCGGUGAAGCCUCCAAUGCGCACAUUACAGGUGCAGAACUAAAGAGCAAGGAAAUCACCUUUUCACCAGAUACCGCUUGCGUAAUUAGCACAAUUCUUUCUUCAGGAGAAGUUCGCAUUAAACAGUCUACACCUGGAAGCGUCAACCUCGUUCUACAAGCCAUACUCCCCUAUCUUCUCUUCUCAGGGGCAUCCUCACCACUACGCGUUCAAAUCACAGGAGGAACAAACGUAUCCAACUCGCCCUCAUGUGACUACAUAACCCAAGUCCUGCUACCAACACUAGAGCUCAUUGGUAUACCACACAUCGCCACCAACCUACAUUCAAGAGGCUGGUCCCAGGGCACUUCGAGUCUCGGCAGCGUCACAUACACCGUCACCCCUUUGACCAGCCAGCUACCAUCUUUCCAACUAAUAAAUAGGGGCGAAGUGGAACGAGUAACGGCCACCAUCAUCGCCCCGAGAAACACCGAACGCCACUUCCGUGAAGAAUUGGAUGUGAUGUUCGAGCGUCGCCAGUCCCGCUUCUUCGCAUCCAACGAAGGAGAUGUACAGAUCACAUUCGAAGACUCUCACCAUGAGAAGAGGUACUACCUCCUCUUGGUAGCCACCACAUCCACUGGCAUGAAACUAGGCCGCGACUGGCUGUACGAUCGGGGUGUGCGAGCAGGUCAACAGUCGCAACAAGCCGUUGCCAACAUUGUGAAAACGGUGUCAGAUAAUUUGCUAGCGGAGAUCGAACAUGGUGGUUGCGUGGACGAGUAUCUGCGCGAUCAAUUGGUGGUUUAUCAGGCGCUUGCACGAGGGAAGAGUGAAGUGUAUGGUGGGGAAAGGAUAGAGGGGCUUGUAAAACCGAGUUUGCAUGCGAGGACUGCGCAGUGGGUAGCGGGGGAGAUACUUGGGGUUGAGUUUGAUGAGCGGGGAGGGUGUGAGGGGAUUGGAUUCGUGCCUAGCAGCGAGGAAGAGUUGGUACCGGAAUUGGAUGCACUUCAUGUUGCGGAUACGUAA